AUGGAUAGUGAUGAAUAUGUUAGAGGAGUUCACUUUGAUGAUAGUGAGGAGGAGAGGAUGAAAGGGUUUAAUGAAGGCCUUGAUGAAGUGUUUGAUGAUGGAGCUAAAGUAGAACAAAAAUAUGGAGCUUCUAUAAAUGAAGAGGGCAUUGCUCAUGUAGACAAGAAGAUGUUUAUAACUGAAGAGAUGGGUAAGGAACAUGUCAUUGAGGAUGCCUACAUGAUUGAUGAGUUAGACAAUUGUGGUGAUGAUGAUAGUUGUGAUGAAUGA